AUGGGUCAAAUUGCCACUUCAUUGAGUCAAAGUGAGCCACAAAAUCAAGGAAAGUUACCUUCACAGCUUGUUCCGAAUCUAAGGGAAAAUGCUAAUGCCAUCACACUAAGAGAUGGAAAGAAUUAUGAUCCACCCACUCUUCCAUCAAGUUUAAAUGAUGCACCAUUACCUCCUACCCAAUCUGCCCAACAAGACAAAGAUGAAACCCCAACCAUAACACCCAAACCUAAACCAACUAUUCCCACAUAUGUCACUACUUCUCCAUUUCCUAGUCAUUUGAGAGAGACAAAUAAAGAUUUUUUAAAGGAGUUAUGCACCAAUAAGAGGAAGCUAAAAGGUAAUGAAAAUGUGAGUGUGGGGGAAAAUGUUUCAGCGGUUCUUCAAAAGAAACUUCCACCAAAGUUUAAGGAUCCUGACACCUUCACUAUUCCUUGCACUAUUGGCAAUAAAAUGAAUGAAAGAUGUAUGUCAGAUUUGGGUGCUUCAAUCAAUGUAAUGCCUUACGCUAUUUACACCUCUUUGAAUUUGGGACAACUUAAAGAAACAAGGGUGAUCAUACAAUUAACGAAUCGUUCUAAUGUCUAUCCAAGGGGAGUAGUAGAGGAGGUAUUAGUUAAAGUAAAUGAAUUGGUGUUUCUGGCGGACUUUUACAUUCUUGAUAUGGAAGAUGACUCAGUUCCAUGUUCUACACCAGUUUUAUUGGGAAGACCAUUUUUAAAGAUAGCUAGAACUAAGAUAGAUGUCCAUGAGGGAACUUUAACCAUGGAGUUUGAUGGUGAAGUAAUUCGAUUUAAUAUUUUUGAGGCUAUGAGGUAUCCAAGUGAUGUUCAUUCAGUUUCUUCAAUUGAUAUUCUGGACUCAUUGUGUAGCACCCCAAUUUGCUAA